AUGAACGUUUCUACCAAUUUGCCGUUUAAUGCCGCUGCUGUCGAUUAUACAGAACUCAAUCUAAGUAUUGUACUAAAUAUCAUUACUUUGACAAGCACAUUCAUUACCUGUUCUGCUGCUCCAUUGAGCGGGUUUGCUGCUGGGUCAUGUAUUUUUAAUACUUUGGCUCUUAUUUCAAGUCUAAUGUUAAACAUACUCAUUGGCAUAGAUAACUCAUUGCCAGAAGGUGGGUCCGUUGGAGAUUUAUUCACCAAGAUCGGCGAUGAACUUGGUUCCAAACUGGGGAAUUCCGAGACUCCCUUGUUUAAGAAUACUAUUAAAAAAAUGGGUUCAAUUGGUGAUAUUUUCGAAUAUGAGGUUACUGAGGAUGGACUUAGAUGCGUCUCUGUUCAAAUUGGUAAAUUAGGGAGUAAUAUCUUACCAGCAGUCAGAGAAAGUGUCUGUAUCACCCCAGUUGGUCUAGAACUGGUUACCAAACCACACAAAGUAUCAGUUAAGAGUAUGGUCAGUACAUUAAGACAAAAAUUGAACAGCAAGGAAGAAAACGGUUACACUCAAGAAGUAGCCAGCGCUUAUGCCAAAUACGGAACAUUAGGUUCUGUUAUUAUCGAUAAACUUGGUGAGUUACACAAUAUGUUUUCUGCAAAUAAGUUAUCUGGCGCAAACACAACAGUUUCUGUCAAUGUAGAACACGACAAUGAGCUAAUGCUCCAGAUCGCUUUGAAGCUGAUUUGA